GUUUAUUUUUAAAAGAGAAUUUAUGAUAUCCUUGAAAAUUAUAGAUAAAAAAUCAAAAUCACGUGAAAAGCACGUGCAGAGCUAGUGGCUUAGCAGCAACGUUGUGAACGGCCAAACGAAGGCGCAGAAGCGGUAAGCAACACAUAAGGUUGAAGAAGAACAACUGAACAACACGCAGAAAGAAAGAUACUUCUGGGAGCUUCUCUCCUUCCAUCAAUGGCGACUGCCUUUCUCCCUCCUCUUUCUUUCUCUAAAAUACUCUUCCUCAAACACCAUAACCACUCUCCAUCUUAUCUUUCUCGGCGACCUCAUCGUAUUCCUCUUCGAGUAGUAGCGUUUCAAAGAGAAGACUUCGAGUCCUUCAAAAAGCGCGUUUUGUCAGGAGAUGCUUGGAAGGAAGCAUGGCGUUCUGCUAAUGAUGGCUUCGAACAGCUUGUUUAUGAUGCUAAAAAAGCCGCUGAGCGUUUUGACCGCCGCUACUCUGUCUCUCGCCGUCUCUCUUCGGCUGUUGAAGUUGCCUCUAUUCGUGCUCGUGAGCUUGAUCGCGAAUUCGAGGUUUCUCAGAAAUGGCGGGAUUUUUCUCUUGAUUUCUCCCGCAAUUGGCCUAGGUACAGAAAGCAAUUCAAUGAUCUCUUGGAUACUCCCCUUGGAAGGAGUUCUGCGACGAUCUUUUUCUUAUGGUUUGCUUUGUCUGGAUGGCUAUUUCGAUGUUUAAUUUUUGCCACUUGGGUAUUGCCAAUCGCUGGUCCUCUUCUUCUCACGGCUGUUGCCAACAACAUGACUGUGAAGGGUGCUUGCCCAGCAUGCAAGAGGGAAUUUGUAGGUGUUAAGAACAGUAUGAUAUGUUGUCAAGGUUGCGGCAACAUUGUCUGGCAACCACAAGGUGAUUUCUUCUCAAAAGGUGACAAAAAAAAUCCAUGGUCGAAAUCCAAGUCCAAGUCUGAAAUUAUAGAUGUUGAAUUUGAGGAAAAGUAACAAAAAGUGAUAUAUACUCAAUAUGGAUACGAUGUCAAUUUAUUUCCUUUGCAUCUACAAGUUGGGUUUAUGGGAUUGCUCGGGAGCUGAUGAAAACAACUUUGUAGCCUCUUAGGAAACCUGCACUACUGGUAUUGGAUUUGGUUAAGAAGUUGCAUUAAAUGUUGGUUCCGAUAUAGUAACAUUUGAGUAGCAUAAUGCUGUUACCCCUUUUUAGACAUUCGUUUCUUUUUAUAGAAAGCUGAUAGGCUGGUGAUUGGUAUGUAAUAAUUUGUUCUGCUGGUGAAACCGGCACUCUGAGUCCUUUGUACAGCAAAAGAUCUCAUUAUACUUCUCGUGUUGAUAGUUUGUUGUAGUUGUAUUGUUGGAUUUUAAUGUUCUGAUGUUACUUGCUAA